AUGUUCGCUUUAUAUCUGUGGUGGAGCGCCCCCACGCACGAAAAAAAAUUCAAAUUCAAAUUCAAAACAGUGACAGCAACGGCAGGUGUAGAAAACUGCAUCAAUGCAUUUUCUAUUCAUCUUGCUGCUGGUUACCUUCUCGCAGGCUCAAAUAGUGCAACGAUCUCCAGCCAAAGUGAUGCAAAUACAUAUGCCCACUGCGAUCAGAUAGAUGGCAGCAUCACCAUCUCAUCAUCUGCCAGUGGCUCCAUUGUUCUGUACAAUGUCACUGAGAUCAAAGGAUCCUUUAUAGCAGAAGGAGCCUCGAAGGUCACGACACUCGCCGCCCCAAAUCUUGAGACGAUUCAAGGAGCUUUGACUGUGGAUGGCAUGAGUUCGCUCAGCAAUCUUUCCAUGAAUUCGCUCUCUGAAGUAUCCUCCGCAGUCACCAUUACAGGAAACGCUGAACUCAAGUAUCUGGAAUUCCAAAAUUUGGAGGAAGUCGAUGGAGAACUCAAAUUGACCGGAUCGUUCAGCUCGGUGUCACUGCCAUCGCUCGACCAGGUCAAAAGGCAGACCAUCAUUCGAGGUGGCAGUUCCAUGUUAUGCACUGCAUUGAACAGCUUAUCUGAUGUGUUUGAGAGUGGUUAUUCCUGCUCCGCCAGUAGUGGAUAUUCCCUCAGUGCAGGUGCCAAGGGAGGCAUCGCGGUCGGUGUCAUUAUCGCUGUCCUUCUCAUCCUACUUCUCAUGUGGUGGAUCAUUCGGCAACGUCGUGCACGUCGACGCCGGACUUCCAAGACCGCUGCCUUAUCACCACCAGUAUGCAAGGACGAGAAACCAUCCCCGCCACAAUAUCAACCCAUUAUAUCAGGAGACGUAUCACCGAAGGUUCCUCGUAAGCCAGUGGGACCGGCGCCGGCGUUGUUGGACGGUCGCUCGAUCUACGAAGCAGCCUACCCCGCUAGUCCGAUCCCUGUUUAUCAUGAACUGGAUGCUGGACCAGUCUUCAGCACACAUCAGCGACCAAUUCAUUCAGAAUCCUUGAUCGAUCCCAUGGCCUAG